AUGUCUCAAAGUCCCUUGGUGAAAUGCGGAGAGUCAAAGUUUGGGAGCGUCAUCACCCAAGCCAUCGCUCGAACAAGCCUCAUCCUGCCACUUCACCACAUCAACCAUAUCAACGACGAUACAGCCAUCACAGUCACAAUGUCCGCCCACUUGACGGCCGUCUACACGUCGCCCACGGCGACCAACACCUUUUCUUCCCCGCUCCAGUCCACCCCCACCCAACAAGCCUCGCCGUCGGAAAAGUCGCAAUACCUCGGUGAUCUACGCGAAAAGGUCGCCCAACUGCAAGACGACAUCAACCAAUUCUUGACAAAGAAGAUGGACGAGGACAAGGCUGCCACCGAGGGUGCCGCAUCCAAGGACGAGGACAUGGAAGAGCAGAUGUAUGGCGAAGAGGUCGUCGAUGAAGAUUGA